AUGGAGUCACCCAGGGGAACUCCCACCCGCCUCUUCAAGUCAUGUAGGCGGUGUCGAAAGCUAAAGAUGCGCUGCGAUGCGCGCCAUCAGAUCCCUUGCUCCCGAUGUCAGGCCACUGGUCAUGACUGUAUAGUGGAUACAAUCAACAGAGGGCAAAAUGAGCGAAGAAAUCAGAACAAAGAGCAGACUCGAUUCAACCCCCUUUCUCCGACAAGUUCUAGUCUCUCGUCAGUGGGGAGCUUCAACAACCGAGGGUCCACUGGCCAAUCCAGCCUUGAGAUUCAGCAUAUUACGUCGCAGGAUAUGGUAGCUCCUCAGUCGGCAAUGCAUUCCAUGUCAGUCAAUCUAGGAGCUCCAAAUGAGCAAAUAUUCAUCGGCGAGUCCGAGAAUGACGACCCAACGAAAGACGUGGUUGAACGAGGAAUCAUUACCGAGGAGCAAGCUCGUGGCAUCUAUGAGAGGUUCAUGAAUGGAAGCAAGAAUUUCCUGCCUCUCUUCGACCCUGUGAGAGAUACAUAUGAUUCGAUCCGAUCUCGCUCAUUGUUCUGCUUUACCGUCAUAAUCUACCUCGCUAGUCGAGCUGUUCCAGAGCUUCGCAGCAACAACCAUUUGCAGCGGGUCUUACAAGAUGAGGCGCAAAAACUAGCCGAAGAAAGCUUCUUUGAACGACCAACCAAGCUUGAGACGGUCCAAGGAAUGAUUCUUCUGGCAGCCUAUUCCGAGAAAUCUUGGUUCUCAACGGCUCUCAUUCUUCGGACGGCACUGGAUUCGGGACUUGAGAAAUCUCUGGAUACACUUCUGGCGCAGACAAAUACUCCCCGGAGUUACCUGUCAGCCACAAUGGAGGAUCGGAUUCUGGUGUGGCAAACACGGACGUGGCUGAUCACGUAUACUACCGAGCUUGAUAUAGCUGCCGGGACGGGCAGAAAAUCACGAGUCAAUGAGCUGGACGUAGCUAAGCUCCGCAAGUACCUCGACUAUCCUCUCUCACUGCCCAGCGAUAUGCGUACAGUCUGUGUCAUUGAAAUCCAUCAACUACGAGCUCGAGCACGACGAACAAUAGACAGUACCACCGCGGGGCAGUUGUUGUCCACCGAAUUGCCCGCAAUCAUGGCCAGAUUAGAAGAGUGGUGGAAGACCUGGGACAGAAUACAUGAUCGUAAGGAAUAUGUCACUCGUUUAGAACAGGAGGAACGCUGA